CCUACAGUGGGUGGCCGGGAUCAAAAUGCACGGCGGAAAGCUCGGAAAGUAGUGUGGAUAACCUCAAUCACUUCGGCACCCCCGGGAGGGGACGCAUCAUUCGCCCCAUUUUACGGAUGAGGAAGGAAAUGAAUGUUCCGAAAAGCAGAGAGACUUGUCCAGGGUCGCGGAAGUAGAAAGUGGCAGGGUCGGGAGUCGAACUCUCCUGCAAAGCCAAGCUGCCGCCAUGGCCCAGACCCUGCAGAUGGAGAUCCCGAACUUCGGUAACAGCAUUCUGGAGUGUCUGAAUGAGCAGCGGCUACAGGGCCUGUACUGUGACGUGUCUGUGGUGGUCAAGGGCCAUGCCUUUAAAGCCCACCGGGCGGUGCUGGCCGCCAGCAGCUCCUACUUCCGGGACCUGUUCAACAGCAGCCGGAGCGCGGUGGUGGAGCUGCCGGCCGCCGUGCAGCCCCAGUCCUUCCAGCGGAUCCUCAGCUUCUGCUACACGGGCCGGUUGAGCAUGAAUGUGGGUGACCAGUUCCUGCUCAUGUACACAGCCGGCUUCCUACAGAUCCAGGAGAUCAUGGAGAAGGGCACUGAAUUCUUCCUCAAGGUGAGCUCCCCCAGCUGCGACUCGCAGGGCCUGCACGCUGAGGAGGCCCCAUCAUCCGAGCCCCAGAGCCCCGUGGCCCAGACAUCCAGCUGGCCGGCCUGUGGCACUCCGCUGCCCCUUGUGUCCCGCGUCAAGACGGAGCAGCAGGAGUCGGACUCCGUGCAGUGCACGCCGGUGGCCAAGCGGCUGUGGGACAGCGGCAGCAGUGGCGGUGGCAAUGGCAGCCGCAAGAUGGCCAAGUUCUCCACGCCGGACCUGGCUGCCAACCGGCCACCCCAGCAGGCCCCAGUGGUGGCAGCGGCGCAGCCAGCCGGGGUGGCGGUGGCAGCGGCUGCAGGGGCUAGCACUGGGCAGCCAGCCGGGGGGGCGGGGGCCACAGCCGCAGCAGCAGCAGCAGCAGGGGGCGUGGUGAGCGGGCCCAGCACGUCAGAGCGGACCAGCCCGGGCACCUCAAGCGCCUACACCAGCGACAGCCCUGGCUCCUACCACAACGAGGAGGACGAGGAGGAGGAUGCUGGCGAGGAGGGCACGGACGAGCAGUACCGGCAGAUCUGUAACAUGUACACCAUGUACAGCAUGAUGAAUGUCGGCCAGACAGCCGAGAAGGUGGAGGCCCUCCCUGAGCAGGUGGCCCCUGAGUCCCGGAAUCGCAUCCGGGUGCGGCAGGACCUGGCGUCUCUCCCGGCUGAGCUCAUCAACCAGAUUGGCAACCGCUGUCACCCCAAGCUCUACGAUGAGGGUGACCCCUCCGAGAAGCUGGAGCUGGUGACAGGCACCAAUGUGUACAUCACGAGGGCGCAGCUCAUGAACUGCCACGUCAGUGCGGGCACGCGGCACAAGGUCCUGCUGCGGCGCCUCCUGGCUUCCUUCUUUGACCGGAACACGCUGGCUAACAGCUGUGGCACCGGCAUCCGCUCUUCCUCCAACAACCCCAGUCGCAAACCGCUGGACAGUCGCGUCCUUCAUGCUGUCAAAUACUACUGCCAGAACUUCGCUCCCAACUUCAAGGAGAGCGAGAUGAACGCCAUCGCAGCUGACAUGUGCACCAAUGCCCGCCGUGUCGUGCGGAAGAGCUGGAUCCCCAAGCUCAAGGUGCUCAUGGCCGAGGGUGACGCCUACACCACCUUCAUCAGCGACACGGGCAAGAUAGAGCCGGACAUGAUGGGCGUGGAGCACAGCUUCGAGACGGCCAGCCACGACGGCGAGGCCGGCCCCUCGGCUGAGGCCCUCCAGACAGACCGCCCGCCCUGUCCGUGUGAAGUGCCAACGGCCUCCCCGCCCUGGGCCGACCCCCCACUCCCCGGGCCCGACAGACCUACUGGCUCGCUCCCCUUCUGUGGCCGUUUGACACCCCUAGUCCCAGUUCUGCAUCCUGAACACACCCACCCCCUUCACUGUGGCUGAGCCGGGGCGCCCGUGCACUCCAGCAUCGGAAGGAACAGGAGUGGGGAUGGCAGUAUUUCCUGGUGUGUAAAUGAACGAGCAAGAGGCGUUCUGAUGUCUGACCGCACGCUGCACGGGAUUUGAACCUCUUGAGACGCUGGCUAAGGUUCACGCUGGCUAAGUUUUCCCAGCUCACAGGAAUCCUUUUACACCCAGACAAGCUCGGAAACCCCAGAGCUGACAAACGCUGCCUUGGGGACCAGGUGAGCCACGGAGCCCGGUGCUACUGGGGCCCCUCAGAAGCGACCGCUCAGCUCUGUGUCAAAGGGGCUGGCCUGCAGUAGGCCCAGAACAAGCAGAAGAUUCUCUGAGUCCAGGAAGAAUCAGGGUUGGCAUUACUCAACGUUAUCCAUGGUGAAACCCAGAAAUAAACUGGAAUGGCCUUUUCCGCACAAAUCCUGACCACUGAAAUACCUCAAAGGCGUAUGUGCGUGUAUGCACACACAUAUGCACAUGCACGCGCCUGGGCCCCACAGUGUGUGCAAGUGGGGCGCGUAAAACAGGAGUCCCACUUCGUGAGCCACAAAUCAAAACACCAUAGGAUACAAACGUGUAUAAAAAAGGCUGGGCUUUUAUUUCCAAAUUGGCACAUGCAGAAGGCACAGGAGCAAAUGGCUUUGGGGCACCAGAGUAGAAAGGGGGAGGGGUGUAUCGGAGGUUCCCCUACCUGUACCACCUCCUAAGCGCACUUAAAACAGGACCAGUGGCAGGGGCUGUGGCCCUGAGGGUCCCACUGGCUCUGGAUGAGAACCCUGGGACAGCUUCCCAGGAAGGAAUACCUUCUCCCAGGGUGGGGGCAGGACCUUGCCAGCUCUCCCACCUAGAGGGACCAGCGCCCUCGGGAGGGCCAGGGUCAGAGAGAGAAGAGCAGGAUAAGAACCAGAAGAAGCACCCCCAGCAGCACCACAAUGGCACACCACUGUCGGCGGUCUGGGGGCAAAAGGGUCAGAGGUUACAGGGGGAUGGGGUACCACCCCUGCCACCCCCCAGCCCAGCUGCCUCCCCAAGGGGUCUUACCACUCGUCAUGUGGGAUACUUUGGCCAUCUUCCUGAGGACCCCAUCCAUCCGGGACUGGGUGUGAUCCAUCUCAUGAGCAAAGGCAUCCAGCAUGCUGUCGAGACCAAGAUGGUGUAAAUCCCCAAAAAGUGCUGGGCACACUGGUGCAGCCAACUGAGGGUUCCCAGCCCCGCCUCCCUCCCACCCCCACCCCCGCCCCAGCAGGAUCCUGGCCUCACAUGCCCUGCUCAUCCAGCUCCUCCCCAACACGGCCAGACAUGUGUUUCAGAACCCGGAUGCUCCCAGACACCAUUUCUAGCUGUUGAUCCUGUUGGUCCAAGAUCAGCUGCAGAUCCGAAGGAAUGAGAAUUGCUAUCAGCAAGGGGUCCUGAGCCGUUUCCAGGCUCUUCCCGCCCAGGGCUCCCCAACCACCCACACAAACCUGCUGUGUGGCCUGCUGCUCCUCAAUAUAACGGGAGGCAGUUGAGGCCAUGCUGGCGUCCAGCAGAUCUCUGGAUGGCUUCUGGGCAGCUGGCUUGCCCGUCAGCAUCUAUGGUGGCACAGGGCACAGAUUCAGGGAGAGGCAGCCACUCAGAACAGAGCCAGACACAGGUCUGUGGCAAAUCUAGAUGGUUGUUGGGAAGGUAGUCUUGGCAAUGGGAUAGCCUGGAUUCCCUGACCCACCACUUACUAGCAAGGUGACCCCAAGGCCAUAUCACUUGACCUCCCUGUGCCUCAGUUUCCUCAUCUGUAAAAUGGGAGAAAUUCCUGGGGCUGGAAUGAGGAUUGACCAAAUUAUUCCAUGGAAAACAUUUAUCAUAUAAACAGAUGUAUUUAAGAAUUUAGACCUUAACCCUCCAGGCAGCACACCUGGAAAACAUGUGGGCUCUGAUACGUGGCUCCAAACUCAGCCCCCCACCCUCCCAGAUCCCACAAUGGGAUGGAGACUGGUGGGUUUCAUAACAUGCAAAGAAUGGCUGCAUGACACAGAAGGAAAAAGUGUGCCAACAGAGGCGGCUGGGAGAGUGGCCACAAAAGGCAUGAGCAGGCACACUCAUGGGGGGAAAUGGUAUGCAAGCCAACCACAGCGGGGAAUUCAGAGGCCAAGUUCUCCCGCUCAGAUGCCUGGGUACAUACACAGAAAAGUAGGCAUACAUCCUGGAAACACUAACACACCAAGCAAAAAAAGAGAAAGGAAACAGACAUCCAGACCCACACCAGGAGGCAGGAAGGACUCUAUACACAGGGCUCAGUUGUACACAACCAGAAAGAGCUAGCAGGUGGACAGCCAGGAGACAAGUGCAUGCAGAGAGGAUAGACAAUGCAAGGGGGACAGGUGAACUAACACAGAAGGGUCAGGAUCACUCUCAAAGGGGAGGGUCUCUCUGAGAGGCUCUGGUGAAGAUAUUGGGUCUGGAUGGCUUACCUCUCUAUUAUUCCUCUCCAUGAAGGCUAUGGCUGCAGGGCUGACCAUAUGGUCCUUCAUAUCCUGGGGAGAGGACUCCAUGAGUGAGUAAAGACACCCCAACCUCCCUGCACUCAGGAUACAGGAAACUCUCCUCACCUGGACUGCCUCCCGCAUCCGCUCCACGAACACCUUUCUCUCCUGCAGGUCUCCGGCUGGGAGCUUGAACUUUCCUGGGUUGGCUUCCACUAUGCGUAAACCCGGAGUCAGGAGUCAAGGCCAAAGCCAGACACAACCCUGUCCCUGCCUCAAGCCCUUAACUCCUCCUAGGAGUCCAGCCGCCCCCGGCCACAGCAAUGGGCUCUCCCAGGACGCCCUGCAAUGCCCCCCCAGGAUAUCGAUGGUCUCUUCCAGGUCUUCGAGGUCCCACUCGAUGCUGCGAAGGCCAUUCCGCAGCUCAUUGGUCGUCCAGUCCAGCUCUUCGCGGCCGACGGCCGCAUCCUCUUGCAGGAGCUCGCACCAGCGCUGGUACAGCCCGCGGGCCGUGUUCACCGCCUUCUGCACCUCACUGCGGGC